UCGCCAGUACCUUCGCCUUCCUACAUGUCCGGCACCUCACUGACAUCGACGUGACCUGGGUGAGUCUCUGGUGCUAUAGGUCCAUCACUAUCCACCGACGAAGCAAUCGAUAUUAUGCCACUCUGAUCGCCUACGAAUUGAGAGUUCACAACGGCUGGAGUGCUGACAGGCCUGUCGACACUGACAAGAUGGAUUGCCCGAAGAUCGAGCGCAAGAGAGUCGUCACCCGUGACACCUGCUUCUAUUGUACUGCGGGCGACUAGAAGAACACCAGUGUCAUCGAUACGCAUCGCACCAAUCUCGCUCGGAGGGGUGGAGCCUAGCCAUG